AUGGCUGGGAGAAAUGGUGGGUUAUCUCUGAUUGGAAGAAACACGAGAACAGGGCUGGCAAAUGGAACUACACUUCUGGAAGGUAUUCAAACCAGUGAAGACAACAGGUUCUAUGCAAUAUCGGCCGAGUUUCCUGAAUUUAGUAACAAGGACAAGACUCUGGUGUUCCAGUUUUCUGUUAAGCAUGAGCAGAAGCUAGAUUGUGGUGGUGGCUACAUGAAGUUACUCAGUGGUAAAGUUGAUCAAAAGAAAUUUGGUGGUGGUACACCAUACAGUAUCAUGUUUGGACCUGAUAUAUGUGGGGACAGCACCAAGAAAGUUCACGCCAUUGUUUCUUACAAUGGAUCGAAUUACUUCCUCAAGAAAGAUGUGCCUUGUGCGACUGACCGGCUGACUCAUGUUUAUACUUUCAUCCUCAAACCUGAUGCUACCUAUACCAUCCUAAUUGACAAUGUGGAGAAACGAUAUGGUAGUUUGUAUUCUGAUUGGAAGAUUCUUCCUCCAAAGAAGAUCAAAGAUCCUAAAGCCAAGAAAGUAAUUAAUAAAAAAAUAGUUAUGGAUUCUAUUCUUAGAUUAUGGUAUGGCCAUGAUGAACUUUGA